AUGUCUACCAAUCUCUGCGUUUCCGCCAGAGACCUUGGAGCACUAGGUACCUGGCGUGAAGAAGAACCGUUACAGUUACAUAUUCCUCGUCGUCCUUCCACUGCAUUAUCGGCGUUUCCGUCAAGUACGAGUACAACAAGAUUGGCGGCUUCUUCGACUGCCCUGGAUUAUAGCGAACACUUAAAGGGCGGCCCAGAAGUUCUCCCUCAGAGUGUUUCGGGUGUUGUCGCUGGAAAGGAACAACGGUUUGACGUUCAACCACGUGUGACUAAGUCAGCAUAUUUUCGACGACGGUCACUACCCAGAGCAAUCAAGCAAGGAAACAAGGGAAAAGGGCUGAGGAAGACGGUCGCAAAGGGUUUGGAGUGCUAUGGCUCUCAGACUACAAUCGAGGUAGAUGAAGAACAUAGACAACCGAAUCAACCUGACUAUACUAAGGUUGAAGAUGAAGAUUCAUCCUCCAUCGUCUGUGCCAUAGACAUACGACUAAAUGACGAUACCAGUUCCGGCAACAUUGAACAGAGCAGCCGAAUCGAAGAGUCACCAGCGAGCAACCCGUCCACUUCACCUACUUCUUCACCACCGGCUGAUCCUCUCUCACCCAUAAACAACGACAACAUGACCUCCUCUUCCUCCCAUAGCCGCCCCACGUCCAAGUCCACCGCCUCCAAACAUCCUGCCUCGUCCUCCUCUCCCACACCAAGAUCUCCCAUCCCAUCGUUGAAAUCCUCCACCACCAAAAUCUCAAUACCAACCAUACCCCCCUCAGACAAACAUGAAGAUGAAGACAAUAAUGAUCAAGAAAAAGACCAAAUCGACAAAGACGACUGGCACCAAAUCCACGAACCCGAACAACGUCGACGUAUCCAAAACCGCAUCGCCCAGCGCAAGUUCCGCGCAAAAGCUCGCUCGCUGAAAGACCAAGCGGCAAGGGACGCGCAAAAUAGGCGGUAUGCCGGGUGUGCGUAUACGUGUCCGGAAGUGGGAGAUUUACCUGUUGAGUGUGACAUCAGGGAGGAGGAGGAGGGCGAGGGGUACGACUUUGAGGGUGAGGGUGGUGGUUGUGAAGAUGGGCAAGAGGGGAGGAUAGGAGGAGAGAGGGUCCUCUCGGGUUUACCGUGGGGUGGACUGAGCAUGAGGUUUGUGGUCGGUCGAGGACACGGGUAUUAUCAUUACCAACAAACAUCAAAGGGAUCUGGAUCAGGAUCAAGGUCUGGGUCUGGGUCUGGGUCUGGGUCUGGACCGUCUGGGACGGGUACGGGGACAGGAACGGUGACGUCGCUACUAUCCCCUACGAUCACGGGUUUGGGUACGCCUACACCUGUGCCUAUAGGGACUAGCGAUGGUGAUGCCUGGCCUGCUUUGCAGCAGCAGCAGCAGCAGCAACAACAACAGCAACGAUAUCAGCAACAGCAACGAUAUCAGCAACAGCACCCACGAUCGGCUACAUAUUACGGACAGCACGCGAGUGGGAGUAGUGCAGGGUCGCCUUUGUCAUCAUACGGGAUGAUGAUGUCUAUGGGUAUGGGCUUUAUGGGCAGUGGUGAUAUGGAUAUGGAUGUGGAUUAUGCUAUGGCGGCGGUACCUCCGGAAAGCGGAAGUGGAAGUGGAAGUGGUGGUCACGGAAGUUCCCUGGGGGUUGGUGAUGGUAUGGAUAUGACGUAUUAUGAUUCAUCGCCGUAUUAUUACGGCUAUGGAAGUGGUGGUGGUGGUAGUGGUGGAGGUGACACGGCGAGCCGCAGUGGAGGCAGUGUCUAGGGACUGGACUCUGAGUCUGUGGCUGGAUGACAAGGCUGUAGGAAUUCUCUUCUCUAUCCUGUGUGUUGUGUUUUUGAUGAUGGUUGGUCAGGAUACGGGGUUUCUCAUGACUGAUUUCACUUCUUCUUCUCGUACACAGUAUAGUGUAUACCCUUUAGCGAUUCUUGUUAUACCCAAAUAUGAUCAACAAUGUAGAUCUGUA